AUGGCGGACCAAGAAGAACGACAAACUUUUUGGAGUGCUGAAACCGACUUUAACUUAAACGUGGAGAGCCCGGAGGGUGUUGAAACAAGUCCAGACAGUCCUGGUCUGACUGACGUAGUUGAAGACGAUGAAACCAUUCAAGAAAAUGAUGCUGAAGCUCCCGUGGAGCGACUGGACUCUGCUGCUGUUGAAUUCGAAAAAGAACUAUUUCUUGAAGAAGUGAGAAAAUACAGGUGUCUAUGGGAUAUAAACUCUGAGGCAUACAAAAACAGACCAAUUAAACAGAAUGUGUGGGCCAAGAUUGGAAUCGUAUUCAGCAAAGAUGGUGAGAUUUAUAUAUAGUUAUGUUUUUAUAUAGUUAAUAGUUUGUAUUUUUUGUUAUAUAAUAGAUCAUUCAUAUUUAUAUCAUAUAAAAGAAAAGGCACAUAUAGUGAUAUAGAGGCUGAAAGUGAAUUAAUGUCAGCAAGUAAUCUGCAGGUUGAAAUUGACCAUGACAACAAUGUAUUAAAAUAAUAUGAUUUUUUUUUUCUUAAAGAAAGGAGUCAAGGCUAGAUUUUAAUACAUGUCCAAACCACUGUAUAUAGUUAAGCCACUACCUAGAAUGUGUUUCAUAUUAUAUUAAUCUCUCGGUAUCUACAGAAAAAUUCUAGAUGAACUCCUUGAACACUUCUGUAGCAUAUUUGAAUAAAAAAUAUUCGCCCACCCCCUUUAAGACAUGCAACAAAUUGUUUGACUCAAGCUCCCUUUUUUGCUUGCAUGAAAUAUUUUGCACUCAUUUAGAUUAUAAACACUACCCAUUUCCCUUUAUGACCUUUGCCAUGAAAAUUGCCAUGCUGGGGAGUGUUUACAAUCUAAAUACAUGUCUUAAAGGGGGGUAUUUUUAUGUAAUAAUGCUAGAGUUCAAGAAGUUCAUCUAGAAUUUUCUGUAGUCACCAACUCCAGCAAGUCAUUAACUGCAAAUAUAAUAUGGAACACUUAUAUGUAGUAGCAUAACUACAACUACUGUAAAAUCAUCAGAGAUUUCACAAUUUUCCAGGGGAGCAUGCUCUGAAACCCGCUAGGAAAUCUAGCACUCAUACUAGGACUCCUAGCACUCGACGGACUCCUAGCACUCGACACAGCCUUCCCAAAUUUUGAAUUAGGAGCCCCAGAUUGUUAUGCAACUGAUUCUAUAAUAUAUACUUGUGAUGGUAGAAGACCUAUACAUGAGCUUGCAUGACAGGUGGGUGGGGGUUAUGACAAAAUAUAUGUCAACUAUUUUGAAAGGCCUGCAAUUUCUGCACCAUAGACUGGGAGGAAUCAGCCUAAAAGAGGUAGUCAAUGAUAAAAAUGCACCAGUCCUCUCCCUCUAGCCAUUCCCUUUGCUAUAGGUGGUUUGCAAUAAAUCCCUUGAGAUUGAUGAUACAAAAAUACAGUGGCCAUCGUGGAGCCAUGGUGUUAAGUGCAAACCACAUAAUACUAAUAUCACCUUGUAUACUGUGCAUUUCUUAUUUAGUUCAUAGUUUGUAAUACUUUUUCUUAUUUUUUAGUGGAAUUCUUGCAAAGACAACUAAAAAAUCUAAAAGAUAAUUUAAAAAAAUGUUUGGACAAAAGACAAAGGAUGACAAAGUCUGGUGCAGCAGCUUCAUCAUUACCAAGAUGCAAAUAUUUUGAGCAAAUGAAGUUUCUGCAUGAGAAAACAUCAAACCAAGCAACCGAAAGUAAUUUGACCUAUUCUCAGAAUUCUGUUCAACAAGUUACACCAUCACCCUCUACUACUAUAUCUAUACCAAAUCCAUCACAUUCCACCUGUAGUAGUACUACUACUACUACAAAACGAAAGGCUAGUCAAAUGUCAAUACCUCCAACAAGCAGUCGGCAUGGAUUUCAAAAAUCACGUCAAGAUGCCAUUGACAUGGCCAUUUUGAAGCAGUUGGAAAACACAGACAAAACCAUCAAUAAAUCAUUAGCAAAUGAGGAGACUGAUGAUGAAGUAUCACAUUAUUGCAAAAGCUUAAUUCCUGUCAUAAGUGCUCUUGCAUUGAGAAAAAAGAGGUUGGCCAUGAUUAAAAUAAGGCAACUAUUAUUUGACAUUGAAUUUGAAGACUAG